AUGGCGGAAACCGAAGAAGCCGUCCGCCGCCGCACAGCCGUAGCGGAUUACCGGAAAAAACUCCUAACACACAAAGAGUUGGAGUCCCGAGUUCGAGGAUUAAGGGAGAACUUGCGUGCUACAAAAAAGGAAUAUGCAAAAACAGAAGAUGAUUUAAAGUCACUCCAGAGUGUUGGGCAGAUCAUAGGCGAGGUUCUCAGACCACUGGACAAUGAACGCUUGAUUGUUAAAGCUAGUAGUGGCCCUAGAUAUGUGGUGGGUUGUCGCAAUAAAGUGGACAAAGAAAAACUAACAGCAGGCACAAGAGUGGUACUUGAUAUGACAACACUCACUAUCAUGCGAGCACUACCCCGUGAAGUUGAUCCGGUUGUCUAUAACAUGCUUCAUGAGGAUCCUGGGAAUGUUAGCUACUCUGCUGUCGGUGGGCUUUCAGAUCAGAUACGGGAAUUGAGAGAAUCUAUAGAACUACCUUUGAUGAACCCUGAACUCUUUCUCAGAGUUGGCAUUAAACCUCCCAAGGGUGUUCUCCUGUAUGGACCUCCUGGAACUGGAAAGACGCUGCUGGCCAGGGCAAUUGCUAGUAACAUUGACGCCAAUUUCUUGAAGGUUGUUUCCAGUGCAAUUAUUGACAAAUACAUCGGUGAGAGUGCAAGAUUGAUCAGGAGAUGUUUGGAUAUGCUCGUGAUCACCAACCUUGCAUUAUAUUUAUGGAUGAGAUUGAUGCUAUUGGUGGGCGUCGUUUUAGCGAGGGGACUAGUGCUGAUCGGGAAAUUCAAAGAACACUUAUGGAAUUGCUUAACCAGUUGGAUGGUUUUGACCAGCUUGGAAAGGUUCUCGCAGAAUCUUCAGUUAUGUGCAUCACAAAUAUUCUAG